GCAACAUCGAAUAUGGUGGUAACACACGUAUCUCACAAUAGUAAAACUCGAAGAAGCUUAACACAUCAGUUUUCACGUGUACCCCCGGGGAAGGAGUCCCUCCUGCCAACGCAUCCACACGAGCAAAAACACCCUACUACUUCCGACCUCGACUUCGCCAGCUACUUAUCUGACACCGUCAACUGAAUGUUGAUCGAUUAAGAAAUAUGUCAAACUUCACGCGGCCUCUUCCCUCACAUCUCCGCAACCAGUCCAUGGGCGGGUCCCAGCAACAAUCCCCCGUAUUGCUCGCGCGCAUUGCAGAAAAGAAAGCCGAAUUAGCCAACUUAAAGGACCUGCAAGCACUAAGCGGAGGGCUUGCAGACCAGAUGCAGAUGCUCGCUGAUAAGCUAUCGACAUUGUCAGAUGGAACAGAAGCGGUCGCAGCAGUGCUAUCAAACUGGCAUAACGUGCUAAGAGCUAUAAACAUGGCGUCGACAAAACUUCCAAAACCGAAAGACGAGGAUGAGACGGAAAAGAAGGCAGAAGAUGGACCACCGUUGCCCCAGACGCUUGUCCGCAUUCCUACACAACACGCGCCGGCGGUCAUAGAACAGGCGAAUGCAGCGACUGCGGAGGACUGAGCGGGUCUCGCACAUGCAUUAUCUUCGGAUCGAAAUUUCGCACCGCUUGACACUUCAGUUCGGGCGGACGACAAGAGUGACGAUUGGCGCGCGAUCGGCUACACGUGCAUUUCGUUCACUUUGUUCCGCAAAACAUCGCGAGCAAAGAUGUCUCGCCAAUGCAGUCGAACCUGUUGUCAUCUGCAAUUGAUUAUACAACUGCAGAACAGCGUGUACAUGGAAGAACGGUGAAAACUGUACCAAUCAGAGACAAGGAGGAUGAGGAGACGUUUGGUAGGGAUUGAGGCUUCCAGCCUAGCCUGUGCAAUUCUAAUGCUAUAAGAU